AUGAGAAGAGAAGAAAACGGGACAGGAGGAGGUGCAGCGCCGGGGGGAGCGGGGGAGGACGGUGGUGGUGGUGGGGGAGAUGGUGGUGGUGGAGAUGGUGGUGGUGGAGAUGGUGGUGGUGGAGAUGGUGGUGGUGGAGAUGGUGGUGGUGGAGAUGGUGGUGGUGGAGAUGGUGGUGUUGGAGAUGGUGGUGGUGGAGGUGGUGGUGGUGGUGGUGGAGAUGGUGGUGGUGGAGAUGGUGGUGGUGGAGGUGGUGGUGGAGAUGGUGGUGGAGGUGGCGGAAAUCCAGGAAAUGCAGAGGAUUUCAUAUAUGAAGAAGCUGCCCUUCUAGCCAGAGUCGCCUGUUGGACUGGGGAAAUCCAAGCGAACAUCGACGAAGAAAACGGAAGAGUAUUCAGGGAAUGGCGACACAAUCAAUCGCAAUUCGACACAGAACGAUUUCUUCCUAUAGCUACUAUCUCUUUUGUCACGGUCAUCACUGACACAAGGCCGUAUCCGAUCAGAGCAUUUCUCUUCGAUCUUCAUGACAAACAAGGACUUGAAGAGGUGCCCUUGAAGCAGUGGAUAAACGAAAUCGACAGUUCACCUUAUAGUAAAAUAGAGAGAAUUGCGGUGCACAGCAACUACGGCACCCCGUGGCUCCGAUUCCCUUGGGACGAUAUACUCAUUCCCAAGGUGUCUAUAUUUUACAAGGAACGCGAUUUCCCACUACCUCACCAUUUGAAUUUGAACGGUCCAAAUGGUUUCACAUUCGAAAGCAUUGAAAGGGGAAACCUGGCGGAACGGUUCCAGGAUGCCAUGAACGCUUUAAGAGAGGAAGUGAGAACACGACGCCUCGAACGAGCUCGUGCAUUGUAUACCUCCUUCCUCUGGAGUGGAGAAUAUGAGAACAAUAUCGACCAACAAGACAGGGAUAUAUUGAAUAAAUACGAAGCACUUGGCAUGACGGGGCGUAGUGAAUAUUGGCCACCCACCGUCGCUAUGGCACGUGUGUUCCGUCGUGACGGGGUCGCUACUACCAAUGGAUUCAUUUGUGGGAGCUUUGGCAUUUCUGGUGUCCACACCGAAAUGCAGAUGAUAAAUUGGGCCAGACAAGAUCUUAGGCAUCUGCAAGGGGUUGCUCCUAUCCACAUGUUGUUCAUCGUUCCUGAUGUGUUUGAUGCCUCCUCUCUCCACAGAAGAACUGACUUAUCAGUUGAGCCUCUGUAA